GCCGAAGGAGCCAGAGGAGCAGAGAGGCUUAGACCAACACAGAAACCUCCAGCUCUCACGCCCAGUCUCCCUGCUCCCCGCUGACAUGAAGGUCUCCGCAGCGCUUCUGUACCUGCUGCUCACGGCUGCCACCUUCAGCCCCCAGGUGCUCGCCCAGCCAGAUGCAAUUAAUUCUCCAGUCACCUGCUGCUAUACACUCACCAAUAAGAAGAUCUCAAUGCAGAGGCUGGUGAGCUAUAAAAGAGUCACCGGCAGCAAGUGUCCCAAAGAAGCUGUGAUCUUCAAGACCAUCCUUAACAAGGAGAUCUGUGCUAACCCUAACCAGAAGUGGGUCCAGGAUUCCAUGGCACACCUGGACAAGAAAACCCAAAUCCAAACUGCAAAGCCAUGAAUACUCACUCUGAAACUGAAGAAUCUGAAACUAAUUUAUUUUCUUCUAACUCUCCCUAAAUGCCCUCUGAUAUUAUUUUAUUAUAAUUUCAAAGAGUAUAAAACUUUGUUUACUGAUAUGCACAAAAUGUCUUAAGUAAUGUUAAUCUUAUUUAAGUUAUUGAUGUUUUAAAUUUAUCUCCCAUGAAUUCUAGUGUUUUUUAAAAUAUGGAGACUUGGAAAAAAAUGCUUUCCUCUGGGGACCCCAGUUCCACCCCUGGGGUGGUGUGAAGGUCCUUGCAAGGAUCAUUAAUGCAAGACUAUGUUUUAAAUUCUAAAGGAUUGCUUACGAUGCUAUUGUGGAAGUGUAUAUUCUGUAACUAUUGAUCAAUAUACAUAUAUAUAUUUUUGUACAAAA